AUGUCUGCUGGUUUAAGGUCAAGGGGAGAAAUCGUCCUAAAUGUUGCAUCCAGUGGUAUAGCUUCACUAUUGCUACCGGGUGGUAGGACUGCCCACUCAAGGUUUGCAAUACCGAUUUGUAUAAACGAAGACUCAACAUGCAACAUCAAGCAAGGUAGUCCAUUAGCUGAACUCAUUGUUAAAGCAAAGCUAAUCAUUUGGGAUGAAGCCCCUAUGAUGCACAAACAUUGUUUUGAAGCAUUGGAUAAAACAAUGAGAGACGUACUCAGAUUCUCUAAUACUUCAAGCUCAACAAAGACUUUUGGGGGAAAAACUAUUGUCUUAGGUGUGAUUUCAUACAGAUACUUCCAGUUAUUCCCAAAGAAACAAGACAAGAUAUUGUCUAAGCAAAAUCUAAGACUGCGUAGUAUUACAACUGAGGAAGAAAUUGAGAAAUUAGAUACAUUUGCCAAGUGGAUUGUGGACUUAGGUGAUGGAAAUCUUGGUGGUAAUAGUGAAGAUGAUUGCAAUAUAAAUAUUCCUUCACAGUUUGUAUUGCAAACCAAAGGAGAUCCUAUCAAAGAGAUUGUUGAGCAGACAUUUCCUUCAUUUGGUACUGGUGUUAUAGAUCCUGAGCAGUUAAAGAGUAGAGCUAUUUUGGCACCAACAUCAGAUGUUGUGGAUCAAGUCAAUGAAUACAUGAACAAUUUGAAUCAAGCUUCAUCGAAGACUUAUUUAAGUUGUGAUUCUGUUUGCAAAGCUGAUACCAAUGACAACAUGUUGGCUGAAGUGCACACUACUGAAUUUUUGAACAGUUUGAAGUGUUCUGGUGUACCAAACCAUUCGUUAUCAUUAAAGGUUGGAUCCCCAAUAAUGUUGUUGAGGAAUAUCGACCAUUCUAUUGGUCUUUGUAAUGGAACACGAUUGAUUGUUACCAAAUUAGGUAACCAUGUUAUUGAAGCCAAGAUAUUAGGUGGCACACAUUAUGGGACAACUGUAUUGAUACCCCGGCUAUCAUUGACUCCUUCAGAUCCAAGACUUCCUUUUAAAUUUCAAAGGAAGCAGUUUCCUGUUAUGUUGUCCUAUGCAAUGACAAUAAACAAAAGCCAAGGACAAACUUUGUCAGUAGUAGGGUUAUUAUUAAAGAAACCAGUCUUUAACCAUGGUCAGUUAUAUGUAGCGGUUUCCCGUGUUAGUAAUCUGGAUGGCCUCAAAAUCCUAAUUUCUGAUGAAACCAAGGGGUUAGUCAACUGUACUCAAAAUGUGGUUUACAAAGAAAUUUUCAAUAAUUUGUAA